AAGGUAGAUGGCCCGCAGAUGGCCCGUAUCAGAUCAGUAUCAGGUGGACUCGGAGGAGUUGGAUCCCCCUUGAUAAUUUCGAUUCUAGAAUCAGGAGCCGAUGUCAUUUGUCUCGACCUCCCAGAACACCCACAGGAUCUAGAACGCUUCCAUAACGUUGCAAGUGAAAAUAGAGCUCGGUAUUUCUACUUCUCUGUCAACGUCACAAAUGCGGAUCAAGUCUCCAAAACCAUGGAGCAGGCGGUAAAGGGGCUGCGUUAUCCAUUACGUGGCGUGGUUACCACAGCCGGUAUAUCGGGAGAAUUUGACGCUGUGGACUAUCCACCUGAGGACUUCCGACGGUUGUUUGACCUGAAUGUGAUGGGCACGUUUCUCGUAGUUCAAGCAGCAGCAAGGGUAAUGCGGGAGCAGAAAACAGCUGGGAGUGUGGUUCUGAUUGCUAGUAUGAGUGGCACUGUUGCAAACAAGGGAGUCAAUACUGCAGCAUAUAACUCUUCGAAAGCCGCUGUGCAGCAACUUGCUCGCUCCCUUGCCGCGGAAUGGGGAAAUCAAACCGACAGCCCACCUAUCAGGGUUAAUUCAAUCAGUCCGGGUUACAUCUUCACUCGAUUGACUGUCGGUGCUCUGUUACGCCCAGAAGUUAAAGCACAGUGGCUGGAUGGGAGUAUGCUAGGAAGGUUCUCUCAUCCAGAGGAGUACCGGGCGCCGAUUCUGUUUAUGUUGAGUGACGGGAGUAGUUUCAUGACCGGUGCGGACUUGAGAUGUGACGGAGGCCAUACUGCGUGGUAA